AACACGAAACGGUGUUAUUAUCAACAGUAUUUAGUAUAUUAUCAAAAUGAAUUUGGAAAUUUUGGAAUAUGUCUUGUGAACUUUUUCUAAAAUAACCCUUAAAUGAUAUUUAGGAUUAUUGACAUGUGGUGAUGUGUAAUUUGUCAGAUAUUGGAUAUUUGCCAAUACACAAAUUAUUAGUAGAUACACAAUAGUCUUUGUUAUAAUGAUGAACAAUAAUGACCUACACAUGUACAAUGGAAGCUGAAUAUAAUGAAUCGCAACACUGAUUAAUAGAUAUGAUCAAUUUCCAGAAAGAAAGGGUACCACAAGAGGAGCAAGUACAACAACAACAACAGCAGCCACAGUUUUACAUUUCUCAAGCAGGGUAUUUUAAUCCUCAACAGGUGCAACAGCAAUUUCUUCAACAGCAGGUAAACCCACAACAGAACUAUCCCCAUGAUAUAAGUAAACAAUUGAAUAAUCAACAGUUGGUACAAGGCCAAGCCCUGGCUCAGCAACAAAAUAUGUAUCAACAACCACAACAAAGGACACCAGCACCAUUUUACCCGCAACGGCCUAUGCAGCCUCCUCAACAGCAGAGGAUGCAGAUGCCAGGACAGGGACAGAGUCCGAUGUAUCCAACUGUUAUGUUCAUGCCUCCAAGUACCAACAUGAAUAGUUAUGGAACACAGAUAAUUGUUCAGUCUCAGCCUGGAGGACAAAUGCAGCCAAUGAUGCUUCCUGGUGGUCAGAGGAUGCCAGCUCCCCAACCCCCAUACAAUAUGCCUACACAGCAAACAGUAAGUUCUGGAGGGUAUAGUGGCAUGCCACCAACUUCAUAUCAAAACACAAUGACAAUGUACCCAGUACCAACACAGAGACCUCCGUCAGCACCAGGGAUGACUGCACCACAACCUGUAAUACAGAAAAGAGAGAGAAAGAUUUUGUCCAUUGUUGACCCCAAUACUGGGAAAGAUAUAAUUAGUGAUGUUAUUUCUGCAAGAUCAACAACACCUGGAUCCACCACAGGGUCGGGGUCAGGGUCAAGAGGACAAACUCCUAAUGAGAGUAUUGAGGAACCUCCUGCCCCUGGGACUUCCCCUCCACCAGUAGUUGAAGCUAGUGCUAUUUGUGCUCAGUUUGCAGCUCAGGUUGCGGCUACCAUGAGAUCUGGAGGAGGAGGACAGCAUCCUGCACAGAUGAUUCCAACAGAAGUUCCACCACCAGGUGUUCAAUCACAACCAUUGGUACAAACUGCACCAGUGGUGGAACCUCAAUCUCAACCUCCAAUUGUUGCGGAAGAAAAUGCGGCAAACAGCAUGCCACAACAACAACCAAUUGUAAAUACACAACAUGUCUCAGCUGUUCAGCUGCCUGUAGAAAAUGCCCCAAGUCUUUCAUCAAGUAAAUCUAAUGUGCAUUCUCAGAACAAUGUAGAAGUAGUUGAAGCUACAAGGACUAAAUCAGACACUCCAGAAACUAUCAGUUCUGUAGAAACUUUGUCAAAUGUACAAACUAAUGGAAUAAGUGAAGGUUCCAGUCGAGAACCAACUCAAGAAUUAGUUAGUGGAAGCCAGGAUGUAAAUGCAGUGGACACAAAUGUUCCCACUAAAGUGGAAGCAAAGGUUGAAACUAAAGUUAUUUCAGAACCUUCAAAAACAAAAAGUGAAGAAAGUGUUGUUAAAAUUGAAGAUAGAAAACAAAACCCUGUUGUCAAAAGUGAAGAAAAUGUGUUGAUCCAGGAAGUAGUGAAAGAGGAGUCUUCAUCUGUUGAUCCGGUACCAGAUCCAAAAGCUAUAGGGGAACCAGCUCCAGUUACAGAAACAGUUGUUCCAAGAGAAGCCAAAAAAGAAAGUACCAAAAAGAAGUUGAAAGAUUUGAACAAGAAGGAAAUGGAGGGUAGUGAUAUGGAUGCAUUUAUGGAUGUUGCACAUGUGAAAGAAGAAAUUACACCUGUAGAAGAAAAACCUGUUGAACAAAAACCACCACAAGAAAAACCAGAGGAGGAAAAAACAAAAAAAGAGUCUGUACAGGAAGUCAGUGUUGAAGUUCCAACAGUUGAAAUAAUUGUGGAAGAUGAAAAAGUCCAGGAAGAAAAUGCUAAGAACAGAGAAUUAUCUGAAUCUGAUUCUGAAUCUGAUCCAUCAUCAAAAUUGAAAUAUACUUACAAAGAAGAUCAAUGGAGUCCACUGAACAUGGAAGGAAAAAAAUUGUAUGACAGAGAAUUUUUGCUUCAGCUGCAAUUUUCAAAAGAAUCUACAGCCAAACCAAAAGACAUGCCAGAUUUGCCUGAUAUCGUUAUAGAAAAUCCACUGUUAGGAGGUACUGCUAGUAGAAGUCAACGAGAUAAUUUUAGUUUCUCUGCAUCACAAUCAAGUGGGUUUGAUUUUACACCUGGCUAUGUGAAAGGAACGCCAUCAAGGGGUGGCGGUGGUGGUGGUGGUGGUGGAAGUAUAACGAAACGAAACUCUCAACAAAGUCAUAAGAGAAUUCCUGAUCGACCAAGUGCUCAGAAAGUAAUCAAUCUAUCCUCGAUGCAACAGGAAGUAAAAUUACACAAAGCUGAAUCUGCUUGGAAACCAACACAUAAAGAUACUAAGGAAACUAAGGAACCUAAGGAUGAAGAUGAAAAUAAAACCGAGGAAUUGUACAAGAAAGCCCGGGGUAUCUUAAACAAACUUACUCCACAAAAGUUCCAGACCCUUGUCAAACAGAUGUCAGAACUUGAAAUUACAUCUGAAGAUCAUCUACAGGGUGUUGCCAACCUUGUUUUUGAAAAGGCCAUUGCAGAACCAGGAUUUAGUGUAGCCUAUGCCAGCAUGUGCCGUUACUUAACCCAAAUUAAAGUGCCAUCCACUAAGAAAUCUGGAGAAUUUGUAAAUUUCCGUGCUAUACUGCUGACUAAAUGUCAAAAGGAAUUUGAAAAAGACAAAGCUGCUGAAGAUGACAUAGAAGCACUGAGAUUAAAAUUAAAAGAUGCAGAAGAAAGUAAAAAGGCAGAAAUUGAGGCAGAGAUUGUAGUUACUGAGACAAAUGCUAGGCGUAGAUCUUUAGGAAAUAUUAGAUUCAUUGGAGAAUUAUUUAAAUUGAAAAUGUUAACGGAACCAAUCAUGCAUGAAUGUGUCUUUAAAUUGCUCAAUUCCAAAGAUGAGGAGAGUUUAGAAUGUUUAUGUAAAUUGUUACGUACUAUUGGAAAAGAAUUGGACUCUGAAAAGGCCAAGCCAAGAGUAGAUCAGUAUUUCCAAAGAAUGCAUAAGGUGAUAGAAGAAAAGAAGACCUCAUCAAGAGUGAAAUUUAUGUUACAAGACGUGAUAGAACUCAGAAUGAGCAAUUGGGUACCACGAAGAGAUGAAAGUAAUCCAAAGACGAUAGAACAAAUUCACAAAGAGGCUCAGCAGGAGGCUCAGGAGAAACAAUUAUUGGUCCAGUCAUUGAAUACACAAGCAAAGUCUGGAGGUGGUGGUGGACGUGGUGGACGAGGAGGAGGAGGAGGUCCUCGACUUGGUAGAGAUGCUGGUUCAAUGGGUGCUACACCUGAUGGCUGGAGUACAGUUGCUGGACCUCCUAGUAGGAGAGGAGAAAGACAGACUAUUGAUCCUGCAAGGUUAAGACUAUCCAAACAAAAUGUUGAUGAGAACAUUCAGUUAGGUCCUGGUGGUGGAGCUGGUAGAUUUGCUGGAUGGCAAAGAGGAAGUUCAGGUGGUGGUGCUAGAACUUCACAGGAAGCAGAAAAAACACCCGGAAACAGAUUUUCCGCACUCAGUAAACCUGAAGAUGAAGGAAGAUCACGGUAUGGAGUUAGUCCUGCACGUGAUGGAGGUAGAGGAGGAAGAGGAUUUGGGAGGCCAGUACGAGUUUCUCAAAGAGCCUCACAGGAACAAGAAAAAGAAAGCGCCCUUGCUGCAGCUAGGUCAAUUGCCGGUGGUCAAACCACACCUAGGGAAGGACCCAGCAGAGAAAGUAGUCGCGGACGGGAACCUCGUGAGAGCUCUUUAAAAGAGCCAGAAAAACCUGUCGAAGCUAGUGUUGAAUUAACUGAAGCAGAAAUGGUGAAGAAAGCUAAAGCAAUCUUAGAUGAAUACCUCCAUUUACAAGAUAUGAAGGAGGCUCUUAUAUGUGUAGAAGAAUUGAAUUGCCCCUCACUCAACCAUGUGUUCGUUUCUGAAUGUAUAAAUCAAGUGCUAGAGAGAUCUACAGUCGCUAGACGACAUACAGGUCUUUUACUUCACGAUCUAGUCAAGAAACCAAUCAUCACUGAUAAGCAAUAUUUACAAGGGUUGAAUUCAGUUCUUGCAUAUGCAGAAGAUAUGGAAAUAGACAUUCCUAAAAUCUACCAGUAUUUUGGAGAACUUAUAGGUCCCAUGGUUCAAGAUGGUAGUGUACCUCUUGGCUUCCUUAAAGAAGCAUGUCAGCCUCUGAAAGAAUCUGGCAAAGCUGGAAUCCUGGUGGCUGAGAUUCUCCAUGAUGCCAGUGACCGUGAGGGUCAUAAAAAAGUUGGUGAUUUAUGGCGAAAAUCAGGUUUAGAAUGGUCAGAUUUUGUACCUGAAGAACAGAUCACACAAUUUCUGAAGGAUAAGAAAUUAGAAUUUACAACUAGGGAUGGUAGCACACCAACAACACCAACAGUUAGAAUGCCAUUAGAAAGAAUCCAAGAAAGUUUACAAGACUUAGUAGUAGAAAAGGCAGUUAGGAAUGAAGAAAUAUUUGAUUGGAUAGAGGCUAAUUUAGAUGAUUUUACGACAAAAGAUAAGAAGUUCAUUCGUGCAUUGAUGACUGCAGUAUGUUCAAGUGCAAUAACAGGACGUGGUAACAGUGCUAAAGUAGACGCUACAAGAAUUACAGCACGAGGAGUUAUAUUACAGAAAUACUUAGAUCAUCAAGCAGAGUUUGAAUUACAGGCACUAUAUGCACUACAAGCUCUUGUACAUAAAUUGGAACACCCACCAGGAGUUUUACGGACAUUAUUUGAUACAUUAUAUGAUGAAGACAUUAUUUCUGAGGAUGCCUUUAAUCAGUGGGAAGCAAGUAAGGACCCUGCAGAACAGGAAGGAAAAGGUGUAGCAAUGAAACAAGUUGUUCAAUUUUUCACAUGGUUACGGGAGGCAGAUGAUGAAGUGGAUAGCUGAGAAUAGCUUCAUUUUAGUCAUAUAAUGUUUCCAUGUUUUAUACUGCCACUGUCCUGAAUGAUAUAAAUAGUGUGGCAUAAGGCAUUUAUUUACAGUUGAUAUAUUGAAUGGCAACAUAAAUGAAACACUUAAAACAGUGGUGUGAUCAUGAUCUUUUGAAAUUGACAAUUUUUAAUGUGAUCAUGCAUGUAUAAAACCGGGCGUUUUGAAACGUCUUCAGCAAUUACAGAUUAUUGUAUUAUAUCAUGGAUUUGGUUGUAUAAAUUCAAGAAAUGUGCAUGUGUAAGAAGUUAGAUUAUUUAUUACAGUGUGAUUGAUCACGCGCCGAGCAUAAAUCAUUGAUUCAUUUUACUGGAAUAUUUUUACAGAUAUGGAAGCAUUAUUAUGUGGAGUAUCAUUUCAUAUUUAUAUAUUGCUCAGCUGCCUUCCAUGAUCGUCUUGUAACAAAUGAAAUAAGAUAUUCCCCAGUUGAGGUUCAUCAAUAUUAUGUGACACAAGUUCUCUCGAGAAAGUGCAUUUAAAACUUCAGGGGAAUAAAUUCAUGGCAUAUGGUGCUACUAACUUAUUCGUAUGACCUUUAACCCAUUCAUCAAUCAUGUGACAGUAUAAUUGCUGGUAAAUGAUUUGAAGCAUUUUGUGCAUAAUUAUGUGUAUAACAUGCAAUUUAAAUAUUUUGUGUUAUAUAUAUGCAAAUGAAUAAUUGUUUAUGUAUUGUGAUAAAUUAUUAUUUAUGAAAGAUGAAUAUUAUUUAUGUUAAUACUAUUAUUUUCUUGAAAACAAGGACAUUAUGUGUAAUUGUUAAAAAGUUUUUUGUUAAUUUACCAAAUUGUUUCAUAAUUCUUGUUUUCAAGCUUUGAAUGUGUAUGAAUUUAACAGUUGCUAUUAUCUGUGCAUUGUGCAUGAUAUAAGGAUAUUCUAGCAACAUCAAAAUAAACCAAGCCUAAAAUGCUUUUGACCUUUUAUGACUGUGAUGACUGAAAAAUUAUUAAAAAACCAGGGGGUGUAAAUAAACCAAGAUUGAAUCUUUA